CCUACGUGCAAGCCGAGUCAGGCGAGCGAAACGUGCUGGCAAACAGCCAAGAAAUGGGCUUUAACGGCGACGAUGUGUCUGGGAGUAUGGCACACGAUGAGCCACCGCGUGCCCACGGCCUCGCUUCGACCGCGGCGGCGACGCCGAGCCCAGCACGUAGCGGCAACCCCAACUUGAUUGCUCCGUUUCUUGCGUCCGACAUGAACGACGCGGCGAGCGCGCAGGACGACCGUCCGUCGCACGGUCUCUCACCCCACCACGGCCAACACGCCAAUGGUGCUGCCAACAACGAGCACGCGAUUGGCGGCUUCGCACCCUUUGGAGCCAGCUCCGUUGGUAGCCACGCAAGCUCGACAGCUGCCUCGCUUCAUCCUCCCGGAGGCACGACAGAAGCAGCGACAGCGGGCGCCAACGCAGGUAGCAACGCCGCACCCAGCGGUCAUGUCACUGCUACGACGUCGGUGUUUUCGACUGCCGCCAGAAGUGACGUCCUCUCCUCGGCGUCCGACGCGCAAGCUGUGUCGUCGUCUGAGCCGACGGGCUCAUCGCUGCACGCUGGCCAAGACCACCACACGACGAGCACCCGGUUCAGCAAUGACGCUCACGCGUCCGGAGAGUUGGUUCGCACCCUGGGGAGUGCCUCCAAGAUCUCAGUGACCGCCGCCGCAUCGACGACAAGUGCAUUCGCAUCGGCCCGUGGCUCAGCGAUGGGUGCGGGGGACGACCUCCUGCAGCUGGUGACGGGCGACGGUAAGCGGAGCAACAGGGCGCACCCGAGUGACCAGCGCAAUAAGCUCCAAGCCAGCAGCAGCAACCAGCAACAUCACGCACUACCAUCAAGUCAUCUCGGCAUUCGCUCGCACGAAUGCCUCGACGAUGCUCGGACGAUGGCGCGAGGGCUCGCGGGCAAGCCCGUGGAUCCAUCCAAAGCAACGGCAGUUCACCGGUCGUUGAUGGCCUCCAACAGUAGUCCGGUCGCCACCGACAAGCCGCAGCACGAAUGCUUGGAUGAGGACAGCCACCGGCGGUCUCUCUCUACGUACGUGCUGGAGCCGCAGGGCUUCCACCUGCUGCCUCGGACGAGCCCUGUCAAGUACGGGACCGAGUACACUGGUGUCUCGAUGACGCAGCGCCACGACACCGAGUGGCAACUGGAGAAGCGCGAGUCGCCAGACAUGGAGCACCUCGAGUUUGCCGUGAUUGGCGGUCGCCUCGCCGUCUCCAAGAACCGGUGGUUGCACGAUCCGCACGGUGACGACGACCGCGUCAUUGACGUGAGCCAUUUUGACGCCACGGACGAGACCCUACUCGACGACGACGAGGUGUCGACGCCUCAUCGGUGCAUGGACGACAUCAACGAGCUCCGACAUGAGUUUCAACGGCGGCAACUGCAGCCGAUUUUGACCGAGAGCCCGCAACGCCUUCACCCCCGCAUUGAGCCCCACCGGAUGCCGCUCCAAGCGUCGCCGAGCCGUCAGACGCUUCAGGUACCUGCCAUGGAACGGGGACAGCGCCUCCGCAAUGUGAGUAGCCUCCCGGUGCUGCCUCGUCGCCAGCGUACACCGCCGUCCGUGCCACGCACGGGCCUUGUCGUCGGCUUAGAGCUGGGCUGUACAUCGGCGCGCCUCGUCCCCAAUCGCAUCGAGCUGCUCAAGAAGAAGCAGCGCGUGCUGAGCGCUCACCUCCAGUCGGCGUCGCUUAAAGACAGCUCGUGGCACGAUCAUAAUACACCAUGCAUGUGA